UCUGAGCAAUGUCUCUGCUCUAAGAAGCAACCGAGCGAGAGAGAGAGAUGGCGAGUUUAACUAGCAAACCCAGAAACUUUGGCGCGUACAGCCACUCCACGACUCCGUGCACUCGCGCGCACCAGAUCGGGGCUCUUUUCCUCGUAGUCGUUACCUUCUUCGUCACGAGGCUUUUCGAUCAGUCGCUUUCCGGCUGCAACUCACUCUCAUCGCUCCGUCAUUCUUGGCCUGCCCGAAUGAUGGAUGGCAGCGGAACUUUCCCGUGGCCGGAGCGAGGGUAUGGGUCCCACCUUUCCCUGAAGAUCUACGUAUACGACGAGAACGAGAUCGACGGCCUGAAAGAGCUUAUGUACGGCAGAGAUGGAAGUGUCAAGACCGCCGCUUGUCUGAAAGGCCAAUGGGGUUCUCAGGUUAAAAUACACAAGUUGCUUAUGGAGUCGAAGUUUAGGACAAGAAGGAAAGAGGAAGCGGAUCUGUUCUUUGUGCCGGCUUACGUGAAAUGUGUAAGAAUGAUGGGAGGUCUUAACGAUAAGGAGAUCAAUCAGACAUAUGUGAAGGUUUUGAGUCAAAUGCCACAUUUCCGGAGGUCGGGGGGUCGGGAUCACAUAUUUGUUUUCCCGAGUGGGGCUGGAGCUCACUUGUUCAGAUCAUGGUCGACUUUCAUCAACCGUUCCAUCAUCCUCACUCCCGAGGGUGACAGGACUGACAAGAAAGAUACAAGUGCCUUCAAUACAUGGAAAGAUAUAAUAAUUCCGGGGAAUGUCGAUGAUAGCAUGACUAGAAAUGGACCGCCUGUUGUUCGGCCUUUGCCUCUAUCGAAGAGGAAAUAUUUGGCUAAUUAUUUGGGUCGUGCUCAAGGGAAAUCCGGUCGGCUUAAGUUGAUUGAGCUAUCAAAGCAAAACCCAGAUAAGUUGGAAUGUCCAGACUUGAAGUUCAGUGGGAAUGAAAAGCUCGGGAGGUCGGAAUAUUUCGAACAUCUGAGGAAUGCCAAGUUCUGCCUCGCUCCCCGUGGAGAAUCGUCAUGGACUCUUCGCUUUUACGAGUCUUUCUUCGUGGAGUGCAUCCCGGUUAUAUUGUCAGACCAAGUGGAGCUGCCUUUCCAGAAUGUAAUCGAUUACGCCCAAGUAUCCAUCAAAUGGCCAUCGACUCGGAUCAGCGAUGAACUUCUUGAUUACCUAGCUUCAAUAUCAGACAAAGACAUCGAAGGGAUGAUUGCCCGAGGGCGGGAAAUAAGGUGUCUGUUCGUGUACGGCCCGGAAUCCGGACGGUGCACUGCCAUUGACGGGAUUCUGUGGGAGCUUCAGCGAAAAGUGAGGCGAUUCCACCAGUCGGCCGAGACGUUUUGGCUUCACAAUGGCAGUGUUGUGGACAGAGAUCUCGUCGAGUUCAGUCACUGGAAACCUCCAUUGCCGCUUCCAUGAUAUGAUCUGUUGUUCUUCAGAUGCAUUAGCCACUAAGGAAGGUUAAUUUUGUGUGAACUUCCAAAGGUUUUUGUACAUUACCACACGAGUGAAUGUUAGCAAAGAUUUCUUCUUUUGUUCAUCGCCUUAAAAAUAAAAGGAUAAAAUAAAAAAUAUC